UUUCUCUCUUAGGGCUUUCUAGUGGCUAUGAUUUUGCCGCAUAUGAGCCGUUGGAUUGGUGUUCGUGGUUCCAGCCAUGGCCAAGCACGUCAUUGUGACUGGAGGAAACAGCGGGAUUGGCAAAGCCACGGCAUUGGAGCUUGCGAAGAGGGGAAUGGCGAUAACACUUGCUUGCCGGAAUGUGGAGUCGGGCAGUAACGCUGUGAGGGAGCUCAUCUCCUUGACGGGAAAUCAGUCCAUCAGAUCCAUGCAAUGUGAUCUUGCGUCGUUUCAUUCCAUACGGAAGUUUGUAGACGAGUACAGACGAGCAGGGUAUCCUCUACACGUCCUGAUAAACAACGCUGGAGUCAUGGCAUGUCCACUGGACUUCACGCGAGAUGGUUUUGAGAUGCAGUUUGGGACCAAUCACUUGGGCCAUUUCCUACUGACGAUCCUACUUAUGGAGCUCCUUCAUUCGAGCGCAACAAAACUGAGGAAAACGUCAAGAGUCGUGGUCCUUGCCUCCGAGGCCGAGAGGAUCGGACAGCUCCACUUUGAGGAUCUGAAUUUCUCUAAUAAGAGAGUUUACAAUCCGUGGCUAGCAUACGCCCAAUCCAAACUCGCAAACUGCCUCUUUAGCCUCGAGCUCAGCCGACAAUGCGAGUCUCUCAACCUUCCAAUCACAUGUAACUCUAUCCACCCGGGCAUCGUGGACACCAAGCUCAUCAGGCAUGUUUUUCCUGGAGCCAUGGCUGACACUUCGGAAGGCAAAGUGCGUUCCAUCUUGCGCAAACUGAUUGGUCUUCGAUCUCCACUCGAAGGUGCUCAAACGGCGAUACACCUCGCAACCUCGGACGAAGUCGAAUUUGUCACGGGCCAGUACUUCAAGAACUGCUGCGUUGCAAAGCCGAGCUCCCAGGCCAUGGAUAAGACUAUCGCUCGAAAGCUGUGGCAAGUUUGCGAGGAGCUCACCGGUGAUAAGCUCAAUGUGUAAGAGAAGGCUUAUAAUACUCUUGGGAUGGGACGUUCCACUGAGAAGAAAAACAAGCCAUGGAAUCUCUCUGGAAGUAAAAAAAAACCAUGCCACUUUAUGAACGAGAUCCCACUUGCAGCCUUUAAAAAUGCAAGUUUUCCAGAAGGAAAAAAUUUAAAGGACCAGAUCGACAAAUCGCUGAUGGAGUUAGCAGUGAUUUUGCAAUUGUCUUAUGCUUUCGAACCGAAGAAAAAAUGGUAUAGAAGUUAUUGAUUGUCUCAA